GCCAUAGCAUAAAACACCUCUGGUGGCGAUUCGUCAUUUGCUGCGCAAGUCGAUAGCACCAAACCCCCGCAACAGGACCAGCGACUCGUCAGAAAUAAUGGACCUGAAUUCUCGCGAGGACGGGCUCCGUAGGGCCAUGUCCCUUGCCAUCCCUAUUGGAACCCAACUGGGUAGCGUGGGCCUGGAGUCGGUAGCCAGGGCAACCGGGCUCGCCGCAGGCAUUUGCCAGUGGAGCCUGGGUUCGGCGCUCCGGACUGCCGGCGCCAGUGCCGCAUUUGUCAACCGGAACGUCCUGUCGCCGCUCAGCAGCUUCGCUUUUGGAGGCAGUAGUGCAAUUUCGCCAAGUGGAGUGCGCUAUUGCACGGCGGCCUGCCCGCAGCUGGUGCCGGAGCAGCGGUACCGCCCCUCCCGCACAGAACAGAGGCUGCAGCGCGUGUCGAGCAGCCUGCGCUCGGGCAGCGCCAAGUGCUCCAUCCGCAAGCAGGCCGAGCAGGCGGCGACGCAACAGGAGCAGCAGCGCCAGCGCCAGAAGCAGCACAUGGAGCAGGCGCCCAUCCUCAUUGCCCAUCUGGCGGCGCCAUACUCCGUGUCAUCGGAAUUCAUGCACGACACCGACGACCACCACCACCACUACAGCCACAACACCGCGCACUCGUCGGGAAGCGACGUGGCCGUUUGGGCCGUCAACACGCUGGGCCUGCAGAGCUCCAUGUUGUGAGAAAACUUCGCGUGGAUGUGGGGAAGAAGAGCUGCAGUAGCGCGUAUCAAACAAGCGCCGCCGCGACAGCUCACGAAUGGAAGAGUUCAGCAUUCGGCAGCUCAUGGGGUAGCAUCAGCUUUUCUUCGUUUCUCGUUUUCUUGACUGUCUUUUUACAUUCAACUAAACGCGUGUAGCUCGGCGUGCCCUACUUCACGCGCUUAGCGCGGUGAGUUUGUAGGCGCCUGCCAGCUGGCCACAUGUAUGCAGUUUGCUGGGUGGCUGUGGCACGGCAUCCUCACGGCCACCAGUAGGGUGACCGGGCGAAGCGCACAGGGGGCUGCCGCCUCAUUUUUGUGACCAUGUACGGGAUGGGGGUUAGCACAGUCGUUGGGCAAGUGAGACUCGAGCUGCCACGCUCAUCCUCCUCGGGUGUUCGGCUGUAUGCCGCGUCCUGGUUUGUUUGCAUUUGAUUUCCAAAAUGGCGUCUAUAACCAUAGACGCCAUUCACCACCCCGCCCUAAAGGCUUUACACCAACCAUCACCAGAGUUCGGUACUGGUGCGGCCCAGGUUUGAUAGUGGUGCGGACAGAAGCUAUCGAUAGCUACGGUAAACACGCCACUCUUUCCGUAACAGAUGCGCUGCUGCGUGGUCUAGGGUUGCUCUGUAUGUUUGAGGAGGUUGCGCUUACCAUUACAGGGUUUGGAAUUGAUUGACUUUGGAUGCCUGAGCGCCUGGCUUUUAUGCUCGUGGGGAGCAGGGCCUGGUUGCGGGGCAUGGCGGCCUGGACCCACUCACAGUGCUGCGUGGAAACGGCGUGGCUGGCGCCAGGGUCUGCUGCGUCCUGCUACACCUUGCACACAUGCGCGCGGUGUAGGCAGGGCCAGCCCUGGAGCGUUUUAGUCGUGCGGGUCACACGUGCCAAAGUGGUGCAGGCGCCGCGAGAUGAUGCUGUAUCAGUGUAUUGAUGGAAGUUGCAGGAGGCUGAGUGUCGCACGGCUAUGGGACUCAAGGAGUACCGUAUUGGACUGCAUGAGAUGAGAUGGGCAUUCAAAUACCAGUCGAGUACCGUAUCCUCGAUACGCCAAACAAGAGUAUGAUGGCUCAAACUAAUUGGCGUUGGCGAUCCGCACAAUCUAUGUACGGACCGCUACUUUGAGCUGUAGCACGGGUAAUAAAUUUAUUUGGCUCUUCGACAAGUUGCAGGUGAGGGUGAAGUUGUGUGCAGGGGUGUGGAGCCAUUGACUGUGUGCGAUCGCCCUGCAAGGGCCUUCAAGGGACUAACUGUCGCGGUAGCGGAAUCAAGGAUGAUUGGCGGGGCUGUCCUGGAUGUAGGGCAUCAGCUACUGGAACGCGUAUUCGGGCGCUCCAAUAUCAAGUUCUUAUUCGUGACUGCAACGCAUUGGAUUCAUCAUGCGACUGAGAUCGGCUGUGGGUGGCAGCGCUCAUGGCGCAGCCUGCAACGCAGCAGAUGUGCCGUAGCAUGUGCUUGUGUGGUCGCUCCGAUGUAAAACAUGGCAGGA